AUGGCGUCAAUAUGGACAGUUGAGUUUCGUUUGCUUUCCAUUCACCCUUGUUACCCCUCUUCCACCACCAGAAGAACAAGAGUCCAUCGCUUUCGCAUCACAAAUGGAAUUCCCAAAGAACUUGUUACACGCACUCAACAACUCAAACAAAACUGUAUCACUUCCGUUUCCAAUUUUCAUCAUCAGCUUGUUACUUCCACUCCAAUGCCGCAGUUUUUGGUGAAUCGAAACAUUGGGAGUAAUUUACCGAUUUGGGUAUGUGUUGCUGUUGUGAUUUUGGUUGCGUCUUUGAGGAGGUUUUUUACCAGGAAAAAAGAACGUCCUGGUUCUGUAGCGGAUCUUGUUCGACGUGGUCAAUUGAGAUCGGAUAGAAGAGGCAUAUCUAGGGAUCUCAAAUAUGAAGAUCCAUUUGAUAAUCCCUUGGUCAAAGUUAACAAAAGUAAGUCAAGUGUAGAGAUGUGUGGAAAGGUUUACCGCUUAGCCCCCGUCACUCUUACUCAAGAGGAACAAACGGUUCACCAGAGAAGGAGAUCGCGUGCGUAUCAGUGGAAGCGUCCCACAGUUUUCCUUAAGGAAGGAGACUCAGUUCCUCCGGAUGUUGACCCCGAUACAAUCAGGUGGAUUCCCGCGAAUCAUCCCUUUGCAACCACUUCUACGGAUAUUGGUGAGGACUUUGCACACAAAAAUGUCAAUCAAAAGCAUGGAGUUCCUUUUCGUAUUCAAGCUGAGCACGAGGCCCUGCAGAAAAAGCUUGAAGCCCUACAAAAUGAAGAGGAACUCAAUAAAGUAGUGAUAAGUCCUACCAAUGCUAAAGAAUUGGAGAGACCUUUCAAUUCCAGUGCCAAAUCAAAUGAUCAUGCAGAGAAGAGCUCUUUAAACAAUCAGAUUAAAGAUUCUCCCUCGACUAAAUUAGAUAACAGCCCAAAUCACUUUGAAAGUGCACCAUCAACGGGUGAAGACCAAAAUCUUAAACUAUGA